AUGACGACCACCGCAGGCAGCAUCAAAGUCUUCUCAGGCACCUCGCACCCUGAGCUUGCACAGCUCAUCGCCAGACGUCUCGGUCAACCACUCGGCAAAGCCACCGUCACUCGCAACGAAUCCGGCGAGUCCAUCGUCCGCAUCGCCGAAUCUGUAAGAGAACACGAUGUCUACAUCAUCAACACCUCGUGCGUCUCUCCCACCCCGACCGGCGCUGCCGCUUCGCCCAACACCUCGCUCAUGGAGCUGCUCAUCAUGAUCCACGCCUGCAAGACCGCGUCUGCAAAGAGGAUCACCGCCGUCAUCCCCCACUUCUUCUACGCACGUCAGGACAAGAAGGACAAGAGUCGUGCUCCCAUCACGGCGAAACUCAUCGCCAACAUGCUCGAGAAUGCCGGGUGCGAUCACGUCAUCACGAUGGAUCUGCACGCCAGUCAGAUUCAGGGGUUCUUUGAUGUUCCGGUGGACAAUCUGUAUGCGGAACCCGCGGCGUUGCAGUACAUCCGGGAGAUGGUCGACGUCAACAAAGCCGUCAUCGUCUCACCCGAUGCAGGUGGUGCCAAGAGGGCUACCAGCUUGGCCGAUCGACUCGAGCUCGACUUUGCGCUCUUCCACAAGGAACGCAAGCGCGCCAACGAGGUCUCGCGCAUGGUGCUCGUCGGAAACGUAGAGGGUAAGGUGGCCAUCCUCGUCGACGAUAUGGCCGACACGUGCGGGACGCUCGACCUCGCCGCAUCCCAGCUCAUCGAGUACGGCGCCGAGCGCGUGCUCGCCAUCGUCACCCACGGCAUUCUUUCGGGACCGGCGCUCGACCGCAUCACCAACUCGAGGCUCGAAAAGCUCAUCGUCACCAACACCCUGCCGCAGAGUCACAACCGUUCGCGGUGUAGCAAGAUCGAGGAGAUCGACAUCUCGCACGUGCUGGCCGAGACGAUUCGCAGGAGUCACUACGGUGAAUCGGUCAGCGUGCUUUUCAACCAGAUCCCGUACGACACGCCUCAGCCGUACAGGCACGAGCACGACGACGAGAUCCUCGCCAGCACCGCCACCCCCACCACCACCGGUGGUCUCUCCAUCAGCGGGCUGGACUCGAAACCGCACAGCAGAGGCGUCUCCCCUUCGCAGAGCAGGCACUUUCCCCCCAGCCCGUAUACGCUGCCCGAUCCACCCGCUGCCGCCAACUACUUUGCCGAACAGAAACACGCCCUCCCGCCUUCGAAAGGCGAUGCAGACGCAACCGUGGUGGGCGAGGUGUUGGAGACGCCAAAGGCGAGCGAAUCCAGGUUCACGCCGAGUCCGUUGAGAAGGCAUGUAUAA